CCAGUCUCUAACCUCAUUCUACUACUACUGCAAAGUCGUGCUGAAACUGGUCGCAUUUCAGUUCCGUUUCGCGUAAAAUGGCAGUGCUGGGCCCCCAUGAGGCGGCGCCCGCCAAGGACACGCUCCUGCUAGCGCAGGACUUGAACUACGCCAAACAUUUGGCGGCCAACGACGAAAACGAGCGACGCAGGGCGCUGAAGUACCUAAAGAAGUACCUGGACCAGCGGUCCAAAGCUUGCCCCCUAAGCGAGGAGAGCCUGCAGGUGCUGUGGAAGGGGCUAUUUUUCACCAUGUGGAUGUCCGAUCUGCCCCUGGUCCAGGAAGAGUGCGCCGAAAGCAUUGCCCAUCUGAUGCACGCCCUGCCCCUGGCUGAAGCCAUGCGCUUCUUCAAGGAGGGCCUCACGAUGCUCCAGAACGAGUGGCAGGGCAUUGAUCAGCUACGCCUCAACAAGUUCCUUAUGCUGGUGAGGAGGCUGCUGCGCCAGGCCUUGGUCGCCCUUAAGGGCAACAACUUCCGCAAACAAAGCAACGACCUGUUUGCUGCCGCCCUGGAGGAGACCGUGCUGAGAAGCGGGGACGCCGCCCCCUUGGGGCUGGUGAUGCACUUCACUGAGGUCUUCCUGGAGGAGGUGGCUAAGAUCGCUGACGGGAAGCUGCAGCCUUCGCGCACCAUCGACCUGCUGAAGCCGUUUGUGCGGCUGCUGGCCUUUGCACAGGACAAACGCGUGAUCGACUGGGUGGUCAAGUUCAUCUUCACUCACUUGAUGAAGCAGCACAAGCUGGGCCUGGAGUACCAGGAGAAGUAUCGCGUUUGGAAGCAGCAAGGCUUCGCGGGGUCGAUCAACCAGGUGCAGAAGGUGCUGGUGGAGGACGAGGGGGACGAGGCCCCCCAACCGAGCAGGGAGCUGGACCCGAGGGCGGGGCGCGUGGACGUGGAGCUGCCGCCCAUCCUCUUCAACGCCAAGGAGCUGGCCGAGGCGCUGCAGCAGCCGAAGGGCGACCCGCGCACCUCCAAAAGAACCCGCACUCAGCUCAACGUUUGGGCGGCAAAGUUCCUGAAGCUGCACAGCGGCGUGUACCCGCUGGGGCUGAAAAAGCUGCCCCAAUCGAGCCGCAAGCGGAAAGGGGACGGCGACGUCGACAUGAACCCCACAAGGGCGGCCAAGCGCCUGAUCCGCUUCGAGCAGCGCCUGAUGGGCCAGCCGCGGAAGCGCCCACGAACCCGCGAGCGGCCCCCGAAGGCGCCAGCCAAAAAGCGGCGCAUUGAGAAGAAGCAGCCGAUCAAGGGCGACUUUGUGAUCAAGCACGACUGGGGCGUGUGGCACGUGUCGGCGGCCGAGCCCCUCAAACGGCCCCAGGCGCCGCCGUCGAAGCUGCGCGGCAAGGGGCGCGUGGCGAAGCCCCUGCACAGCCCCAGCGGGCCGCGCCGCAAGCGCGUGGUGAUCAACACGCGCCUCAACAGCUCGCAGAACAUCACCGAGCACAUCCAGAAGGUGCAGGCGUCGCCCCAGCCGCCCUGGGACAGCACGCGCAAACCCGGCAAGCCCGUCCUCAAGUCGCCCGUGCGACCCAGCCCCAUCAACCCCUUCUACAAGCUAAGGACUGUUUGAUUUGUUUUUCUGUUCGCACUUUAUACUAAUAAACGCAGCACCCUGAUUGACUAGUUGCUGCUGUUUCUGCA